ACCCUCAAUAUCAGAAAUCGGAACGCAGCAUCCUACCAUCCGCGGAAAAUGUGCGCGUGCCUUGAUGAUCCACAUGUUUUUUUUUACGCGAACGUCAGAAUCAAGAAUUUGGCUGAUCAGCCAGGAGAAUUGUUGGCGCGACAAGCACGCACGUGCAUACAAGAACAAGAACCCCUCACGUCCACUUAUUGUUAGUUAGGCAACGAAAUGAGUAAAAAGCGGAACAGACAGCCAGAUGCGGAUCCUGAUAUCAGCGAAGCUUCCACCGAGUCUUGCGAAGAAGCGAGUGCAGGUGUAAAAUGUUUGCAUAUAGCAAAGGCUAUCAAUCUGAACAAGGUGAAGAAAAACAUAAAGAAGACUGGGAUAAUGAGCGAAUGCUCCAUUUGUAAGAAAAUAGAAGUGGACUUCAAAAAGACAGAGGAAAUUUAUAUCUCGAAGCCAUUGUGGAUUUGCCUACAGUGCGGAGAACAAAGUUGUGGCAAAGAGCAGAAACAGCAUGCUAUAGAGCAUUAUAAGAAGCCCCACAGUGACUGUCAUUGCAUAGUGACGGACACUCAUCAUUGGAGUGUUUGGUGCUAUCAGUGUGAAAUUGAAAUUUGUCCUAAUAGCAGGUAAAUAUGUAUAUACAUAUGGACACGCACAUACACACACAUGCAUGUAUCAUGCAUAUGUGCAUACAUGCAUAAGAUAUAGAAUAACAGGAAUAAUUGAUUAAUAAUUCAAGUUUUUCUGUGUUACAAGCACAAAAAAAAAUACUACAACUGCAAUUAUACUUUUUUUUUAAGAACAAAAUUAUUGUUUCUUUUUGCAUAAAUUGAUUGUUGUUAUUUUAUGUAUAAGAAAUAUUAAAGUAAAGUUAUUAAAAGACAUAUUUUACGUUAAAAUUAUGUUAGAAUAAAAUGAUAUAAUUUUGAUAGUGAUAUUGCUAUUGAUAAAGUGUGUAAUAAUUUAGAUAAUAAUAGUUAAUUUUAAAUAAAAAAAAACUUUUAAAAAGUUGCAAAAAAGCAUACCCAAACAGUGCAUGAAUGUCUUUUAGAUAUCCUAAAGAUAUUUGAUAUUUGCUAUGCGGGAUGUUCAAAAGAUUUCUUGAUGGAAAUAUUAUGUUGAAAUUAUAAUAGAUUUAAACAAACAUUGAAAAAA